AUGAACAUUCCAGAGACUUUCUUUCCCUGGAACCGCUUCCCAGUCGAGCUGCAAAUUGCCGUCGUUCUGAACAGUCCCGAUGCAAACACCUUUGCUCAACUCAUGCGUGUCAGCAGCGCAGUCCGCGAUGUCACGGAGCCCGUGUUUUACGCCAUCCUAGAACCCGCGGACGACAAUGCGGUCAUAUCUCUCUGCCAGUCCAUCUCCUCCACCCCCCGGGACCGCUUCUCGCACACGCGCGUCCUUCACUUGCGCAACGUCGCCGCCGUGGACGACCGCGUCCUCCGAAGGCUUCCCACCCUCCUCCACAGCCUCCCCAAUCUCCGCGCCCUCACGAUAGAACCAUCCCGCCACCUGCUGUCCCUCAACAUGGCCGGGGGCCUCUUCACACUCGAACAUCUCGUUGAAAUCGGCGUCCCGCCGCUCCGCGCAUUCGCGACGACACUCGCCCUCUACCCGCCCGCCCUCUCGCGCCUCUUCGCGACGUGCCCAGACUUGCGCCACCUCGACGUGGGGCGCUCGCAGAUCCGCACGCAGUCCGUGCGCGCCGCAGACUACCGCAAACACCCGGUCGCGCUGCCCCGCGCGCUGCGCAGCAUGGUCUGCGCCCCGGCUUUCCUCCAACAAAAUGCAGACGCCCUCGAAGACCCGGCUUCGACUUCGCCCGAGCUCUCGCGCCUGCGUCUUGUGUGCGAGACGGGGACGGCUGUAUGUCUCCAGGACGUCAUGCGGUCUCUCGGCGCUCAGCUCGUCUCGCUGCGGCUGGGCGAGCUCGGUCCGACGACGCCGCUGGUGCCUAGGGAGGAGGAAACAUGGACAGUCGAGGAUGUGACGCGCGAGCUCCCGCAGCUGCGAUUCCUGCAGCUGGACAUGAUCCACCUGCGCCUCCCAUACAUCCACGACUCCCUUGUCUCCUGGAACAGCGAGCGACCCGCGGGGUCUACCUCCUCGCACGCUGGCGCCCGCCUCGCAAUCGCGUGGACGUACGUUCUCCCGUCCGAGAAGAAGAUCGACCGGGAGGAGGAUAUGGCGUGGGAGCACUUCUUGCACGCUGCCGCGGUAGACGUGGUGCAGGCCUGGCCGGACCAGGUCGCCAGAGUGUUCUACCGCCACUCGAACACGGCGCCGUACACGAGCAUCACUCUGCGAGAGGACGGGCUCACGGUGGUAUCUGUUCGCAUUGGAUGUUUUGCGCUCGAUGUGCGCGUCUUCUAA